GCCAUGGCUGUCUUGAUCUUGACGUGGUUUCGUGUCGUCAGAUGUUUCACAGUGGCGUAGCCUAAGCCAGGCCAGCCCUGGACUGACAUAACAACUGCCGUUUGCACGAAAAGGGCCUGGCAGUAGGAUCCCUGUGCGCCCCUCUAUGCCUGACCAAAGACAUACAUUCCCUAACGUGCCACUCUUUCGAGGCCAACAAGGAAGCCGUCUUCAGCGCGGAAUGGCACGACACCCGGCUAGUGUUCAAGUCGGUACCCGAGAACGCACGAGCGAUCCAUUGGUACGACAACGGAGUUGUGAAGUACCCCACCGAAAAGGAGUUCAUAGCCACUAUCAGGUCCAUAGCGAAGAACAGACUCAAUCUCACCUUGGCCUACGAUACGGCAGUACGUCUGUCGAGAUUGAAACCCUCCUACGAAGAAAAAACAAAAUCGAAUCGGCAGAAAGAGAUGGACGAUUUGUGGCUGCUGCUCCAAGACAACGAGUAUUUGCUAUCGGCACUGUUCACAGACAAAGAUGUCUUUCCCCAACUUCUGGGGACCUGCGGUCCUUAUUUCGCUGUGGAAUAUUUGGAGCCUGUGCCGGCCUCCUCUUCCCUAUUGACAGCCAGUGACAGUCGAGAAAAUUGGGGUCAGCGAUUGAAGGUAGCGCUACAGAUUCUGGAUUUGCUGGAAGAGCUGGAAACAGGUUUUCGCGAGCCAUUUCACUUGUGCGAUCUAAAACUGCGCCACUUUGGGUCAGUCAAAAACGGCCAGAAGCUGAAAUUCAUCGACUUGGACGGGGUGUUGCCGAAAUCCGUGGCCGGCUCUCUAAUCAAAGAAAUCGGUUUUUGCGACGAAGACGCCGACUGCGAUUUCUACGAUUGCCGUUCAAAAUGCGACAGUACAACGAAAAAGUGCUCCGACUCCAUAUCAAACAACAACUUGCAAAUGGUGUGCGAGAAGAUAUUCUUGGGCUGGAGGCUGUCCAACACGGUGAUAGUCCCAGGGCUGCUCAUGUCCCAGCACACCCCCUCCGAUUUGGCGGCCAUUUUGCGGCAGUGCGCCAACCCCGAGGGGGUGGAGGGAAAAGCGAGGGCGGUGCCGGAAAAUGACGUGGGAAAGAGGCUUUUCAAUGUGCUCACCGAGAUGGAGCAGGCGGUCAACAACGAUUUCUUCAUGAAUGAAUGAAAUGCCAAGAAUGAACGUAC